AUGUCCAACUUAAACAUUCUUGUCAUCGGUAACGGUGGUAGAGAACAUGCGAUUGUUUGGAGAUUAGCUCAAUCUUCAACCGUAUCUAAGAUUUAUGUUGCUCCAGGUAAUGGAGGAACUGCAACCUCAUCAUCAAAAAUUAUCAAUGUUCCUGAAUUAUCAAGUUCUCCAAAGGAUUUCGAUAAAUUACAAAAAUUUGCGUUGGAAAAUUCAAUCAAUUUAGUUAUUCCAGGCCCUGAACAACCUUUAGUCGAUGGUAUUACUACUGUUUUCACUAAAGUUGGUAUUCCAGUAUUUGGACCAUCUGCCAAGGCAGCAACCAUGGAAGGCUCUAAAGCUUUCAGUAAAGAAUUCAUGGACCGUCACAAUAUUCCAACUGCACAAUUUAAAAACUUCACUAAUGUUGAAGAAGCCAGAAAACAUAUUGAAACUGUUGAUUACAAGAUCGUCUUAAAAGCAGAUGGUAUUGCUGCUGGUAAAGGUGUCUUGAUUCCAGAAACUAAGGAAGAAGCAUUACAAGGAUUGAAUGAAAUCAUGGUUGAUAAGAAUUUCGGUGAUGCCGGUAAUGAAAUUGUCAUUGAAGAAUAUUUAGAUGGAGAUGAAUUAAGUAUUUUGACUAUUACUGAUGGUUAUAGUUUUUUCAAUUUACCAGCCGCACAAGAUCACAAACGUGUUGGAGAUGGUGAUAGUGGAUUAAACACUGGUGGUAUGGGUGCUUAUGCUCCAGCUCCGAUUGCUACUCAAGAAGUAUUAAAUAAAAUCGAUGCCAAUAUUAUCAAACCAACCAUUGAUGGAAUGAGACAAGAUGGAUUCCCAAUGUGUGGUGUCUUAUUCACUGGUAUCAUGUUGGCUCCAAAUGGUGAACCAAAAGUAUUGGAAUAUAACGUUAGAUUCGGUGAUCCAGAAACUCAAACUGUUUUACCUUUAUUAAGUGAUGACACUGAUUUAGCUCAAGUUAUGUUAGCAGCAGCUGAGCACAGAUUAGAUUCCGUAGUAGUGAAAACCAAGGAAAACAUGUAUUCUACCACUGUCGUCAUGGCUGCUGGCGGAUAUCCAGAAUCUUAUGGAAAAGGUGACGAAAUCACCAUUAAGGAACCAUUGCCUGCCGACACCUUCAUUUUCCAUGCUGGUACUGGAGUCAACAACGGUAAAGUUGUUACUUCAGGUGGUAGAGUUAUCGCUUCUACUGCUAUUGCAUCUACAUUAAGAGAGUCCGUUGACAAAGCCUACAUUGGUGUCGAUCAUGUCACUUUCAACAAGAAAUACAACCGUAAAGAUAUCGCUCAUCGUGCAUUCCGUGCUGCCGACAAGCAACAAAGUCAAGGUGGUGUCACCUAUGCCGAAGCAGGUGUCUCCGUCGAUAAUGGGAAUUUAUUAGUUGAGCAAAUUAAAGCCAAAGUCAAAUCUACUGCCAGAUCUGGUGCUGAUUCUGAUAUUGGUGGAUUCGGAGGUUUAUUCGACUUAAAAGCUGCUGGUUACAAUACUGAUGAAACCUUAUUAGUUGCCGCCACUGAUGGGGUUGGAACUAAAUUACGUAUUGCCCAAAUAAUGAAUAUUCAUGAUACUGUAGGUAUCGAUUUAGUCGCCAUGAAUGUUAAUGAUUUAGUUGUCCAAGGGGCUGAACCAUUAAUGUUUUUGGAUUAUUUUGCAACUGGGAAAUUAGAUAUUGAAAUUGCUGCUAAAUUCGUCAAUGGGGUUGCUGAUGGUUGUAUUCAAGCUGGAUGUGCAUUGGUUGGAGGUGAAACUUCAGAAAUGCCAGGGAUGUAUGACGAAGGCCAUUAUGAUACAAAUGGGACUGCUGUAGGUGCUGUUACCAAAUCUAAGAUUUUACCAAGAAUAAGUUCAAUGAAAGCAGGUAAUGUUUUGAUUGGGUUAAGAUCUGAUGGGGUUCAUUCUAAUGGGUUUUCCUUAGUGCGUAAGAUUGUUGAAAUCUCAGAAUACGAAUAUCAAUCAGUUGCUCCAUGGACAAAUAGUGGUAAGAGUAUUGGAGAAGAAUUAUUAGUCCCAACUAAGAUUUAUGUCAAACAACUAUUGAGAUCAAUCAAUCAAGAUCUUUUAUUAGGUUUGGCUCAUAUCACCGGUGGUGGAUUGGUUGAGAAUAUUCCAAGAGCAUUACCUAAAAAUUUACAAGCUAAAGUAGAUAUGAAUACUUGGGAAGUUCCUGAAAUUUUCAAAUGGUUUGGAAAACAAGGAAAAGUUCCAUAUGAUGAUAUUUUAAAGACAUUCAAUUUAGGUAUUGGUAUGGUUUUGAUUGUUGAAAAGGAAAAUGUUGAACAAGUUCUUACAAACUUGAAACAAGAUGGAGAACCAGAUGCCGCAGUUAUUGGUGAAUUGGUGGAAAGAACCGAAGGACAACCUGGAUGUGUUGUUGAUAAUGUUGAUGGAUUAUAUUAA